CUAUUUUCUAUCAUUUUUUAUUAUCAAAAUUAACGACUUGACUUAAUUGAUACAUAUUAAAACUUUGAGAUGAUAAAUUGUUGAAACUAAAACUAAUGAAAGUUAAUUGAAUAUGACCUAAACUUGAAUGGAGUAUUUCGUAAUUAACCCAUAUUAAUACGACAUCACUUAGGCACAAACCCGUCCCCAUCCAUUAAGAGUUCUACCUAAGUUCUACCUACAUAUGCAUGCGUGGAGAGAGAGGAAGGGAUAUAGAGAGAGGCAAGGCGAGACGAAACUCGCGGGAACAUAUUUAAAUAGACUUGUGACCCCAAAAGAAACGGAGGUAUCAACGGCCACAAACACUUCAAUUCCAAAUUGCAACAAAUUCUUCAGGUUGGUCCAAAACAAAAAAUCUUGAAAGAAAAUCAACAGGAUUUUGCUUAGAUGGACCAACCUGACCGUUUCAUCUUGGAAUUUCCGUUACUUUUUUAUUCUCAGUUUCUAGAUUGGUAGUCGGACAGACGUCAUAAAAUUUGUAUGCAUCUGCUAGUUUCUACUCAUUGGCACUUUUUUUAAUAUCAUAGCUCUGCCAUUUCAUCUGGAGAUUGUGCGAUAUUCUAUCGAGAGUUUGGAGGAAAUUGGGUUUGUUCUUCGGCAAUACCCAUUUCAGGUUGGCGGCUUUUUUCACAAGAUCGGAACGGGUUUUUCUCGACCUAUUUAGAUCUUAGCAAUCCGUACAAAUUCGGCGUUUAUGGGUUGCAAAACCCCUUUGUGACUGAUCAAUAUACGUGCAGACAGAAGAAUUUCUUGAGCAGGUAAUAAAUCAGGCUGAUCUUCACUUUUCCUGUUUUAUUUUCUGUGUUGGUUUUGAUAUUUCGAUGCAUAUUUCAUCUAAGAACAACUUGUUAACACCAGUUCCAUUCUGUUUACAUCACAUAUGAUCCGUUUCAGGCCUAUAGGUCACUUAUUAUUUUUUCCCCGCUCAUAUGUGUGUGUGUGUGUGUUCUGUGGUCUUCUGCGCAGCAAAACACAAGUCUACAUGAAUCUAUUUCAUUUUCUUGUGGACAACUGCACAAUUUGUUGUUUUUUUCAUAGCUGGUUUAUGGGUUUCAUGUAAAAAUUUCUUGCCUAGGCCAAGUGGCAAUAUUGGUUUUCUGAUUUUUGGGUUUGAAUUCGUAGGGAUUAAUUUGUCUUGGGGGUUUCGAGAGGCAUCCCCUUCGCUGGUUUUGCCAUUUCCGAAAAGCUGAAAUGGAUCAAUUCCGGCAGACGGGGGAGGUUUUGGGGAGUUUAAAGGCUCUUAUGGUGUUAAAACACGAUAUUCCAAUCAAUCAGAGGCAGUGUUGUUUGCUUUUGGAUAUCUUCACUCUGGCCUUUGAGGUUAUUGAGGAGGAGAUCAGGCAAAACCUGAGGCUGGAUGAGAGGAACACCAAAUGGAAAGCUCUUGAACUUCCUAUGAGAGAGCUCCACAGGAUUUUCAAAGAAGGUGAAGUCUACAUCAGAUAUUGCUUGGAUGUCCAAGACUGGUGGGGCAAAGCAAUUAGUCUCCAUCAGAACAAGAGCUGUGUGGAGUUUCACAUUCACAACUUGCUCAGUUGCUUUCCAGUGGUCAUUGAGGCCAUCGAGACUGCUGCAGAGAUCUCGGGACUAAACCUAGAUGAUAUGCAAAAGAGGAGACUUGCUCUCGUGAGGAAGUACGAUUCAGAAUGGAAUGACCCAACACUUUUCCAAUGGAUGUUUGGAAAAAAGUACUUAGUUCCUCAAGAGAUAUGCAAUCGGUUGGAUAGUGUUUGGAAAGAAGACAGAUGGUUGCUUCUCGAAACAAUAAGGGAGAGGAAAAGUGCAGCAUCUACAACUCCAUCAAAGCAAGAACAGAAGCUUGGGGACCUAUUGCUUAAGAAACUAAAUGGAUCAGAAACAUUAGACGCAAAGCUCUUGCCAAGUUCAAUCUUAGUUGGAGCAAAUGAUUACCAUGUGAGGCGACGAUUAGGAUCAGGAGGAAGCCAUUGUAAGGAGAUCCAUUGGUUGGGAGAAAGUUUUGGUUUAAGAACUUUCUUUGGAGAAAUUGAACCCUUGUAUGCUGAGAUUUCUUUAGUUCUAUCACUUUCCCACCCCAACAUAAUGCAAUACCAUUGUGGGUUUUAUGACGAGGAAAGGAAAGAGGGUUACCUUGUGAUGGAGCUGAUGAACAAGAAUCUUUCCACUUGCAUCAAAGAGAACGCUGGAAAAAUGAAGCGGGUUCCAUUCUCUGUCCCAGUUGCUGUUGAUAUCAUGCUUCAGAUUGCAAGAGGAAUGGAAUAUAUACACUCGAGAAAAAUCUACCAUGGAGAUCUGAACCCAUCAAAUGUCCUACUCAAGGCAAGGAAUUCCUCCAUAGAAGGUUAUUUUCAUGCAAGGGUGACUGGCUUCGGCUUAACCUCCAUCAAGAGUUACACCUCGCGAUCUCCAAAACAAAAUGAGACCAAUCCAGUCAUAUGGUAUGCCCCAGAAAUUCUUUCUGAACAAGAACGACCAGGUCGUAAAUGUACCUCCAAGUAUACAGAGAAAGCUGAUGUAUACAGCUUUGGGAUGCUUUGCUUCGAGCUUCUGACAGGGAAAGUUCCCUUUGAAGAUGGUCAUCUUCAAGGGGACAAGAUGGUUCGCAAUAUAAGAGCAGGGGAGAGGCCUCUUUUUCCAUACCCUUCACCAAAAUACCUUGCAAACUUAACAAGAAAAUGCUGGCACACUGAUCCAAUUAAUCGCCCAAGUUUUUCAUCAAUUUGCAGGAUCUUACGCUACAUUAAGAAAAUCCUUGUGAUCAACCCUGAUCAUGGCCAACCUGAGUCGCCACCUCCACUGGUCGAUUACUGUGACAUUGAGGCAGGAUACUCGAAGAAGUUUCAUGGAGAGGGUAGAGUUGAUUUGGCACCAGUGUCACAGAUUCCUUUUCAGAUAUUUGCUUUCAGGCUUAUUGAGAGGGAAAAAUCUUCUGGGAGCUCUAAAGACAAGAGUUGGGAAUUAGCAAAGGAAACAGCUCUAACUGGCAAGCCAUCUUCAUUUUGUGGGGAUGAGCACGUGGCUCUAAUGGAUGAUCUGUUCCUCACAGGGAGUGACCAAAGAACAGUUUAUUCUGAGAUUUUAGAUAGGAAGAAUCUGUCAACCGUGGUUGAUCAAAGGUCAGUUAUUUCCGAAAUCCCACAUAGGAAGCUUUUCUCAGCUGAUCAAAGGUCGGUUGGUUCCGAGAGUCCAGGAAGGAAAUCAUUGUCAUUGACAACUGAUAAAAGAUCAAUUCAUGCUGAAAGUCCAAGGGGGAAUAUGUCAUGGAGGGUAGCAAUAGAUCAAAGAUCACCUUGUUCAGAGUCUCCACAGAGGAAAAUUUCAACAGCAGCCAAUCAGAAGCUGGCUUACGCUGAGAUUCCAGAGAAUACAAUGUUGUCAACGACGGCUGAUGAUAGGUCAGGUGGUUCUGAGACUCUACAAAGGAAAAUUGCAACGAUAACUGCAGCUGAACAAAGGCCUGUAUGUUCUGAGAGUCUGAAUAAGUCAUCCUCACCAACAGAGGAUCAAAGGCCAUUUUGUCCCGACACUCCAGAGAGAAAAAAUUUGUCCACGACAACAGCCGAUCAAAGGCCAGUCUGUCCUGAAACUCCAGAGACAAAAUCCCCGUCUGCAAUAUCAAGAAAUCAGAGGCCAAGUCGGCCUAAAAUUCAAGGGAAGAAAAUUUUGUUAACACGAAGUUUGAAAGAGACAAAGACAAGUAAAGGUCUAGGAACACCGAAAGGACAUUCACCAAGAUCUGUGACAACACUAGCUCGGAAAGAACAUUACUCACCAAGUUCUUCCCCAACACAAACACUGACUGUGAUAACACGAGCUCAGAAAGAACAUUACUCACCAAGUUCUUCACCAACACGAACACUGACUGUGACAACACGAGCUCGGAAAGAACAUUACUCACCAAGUUCUUCACCAACACAAACACCGAAAGUAUGCUCAUCGCCAAGAUGUUCACCAACCCUAGAAGGAUAUUCAUCACCUCUGAAUCCAUGUGCUCGCUGUUCGAGGAUGAGUCGAGAGAGCCCAUUACCAACAGUCAUGAGCCCAAGUAGACAUAGAAAAGGUCAUUUCUCAGAUUCGGAGGUAGCAUAG